AUGGAGAUCCCAGCCAACUGCACUGUGCUCGUGGUAGGAGGCGGACCAGGAGGGUCAUAUACCGCUGCAGCACUUGCCCGCGAAGGGAUCGAUGUUGUUCUUCUUGAGGCAGAUGGAUUUCCUCGGUACCAUAUUGGGGAAAGCAUGCUUCCAUCGUUCCGACACUUUCUGCGCUUUAUCGAUCUAGACUCGGCGUUUCUUAAUUACGGCUUCACAGUAAAAAAUGGUGCAGCAUUCAAGCUUGUCCAAGACAAGCGAGCGGGAUAUACGGAUUUUCUAUCCGCAGGUGGACCAAACAAUUUCACAUGGAACGUCACCCGUGCAGAAGCGGACCAUCUAAUCUUCCAGCAUGCAAAAGUGAGCGGAGCGAAGGUGUUUGACGGCGUCAAAGUAAAUGACAUUAAUUUCGACGAUAUAACCGGUCAUCCUUAUGCGGCCUCUUACACCCAGAAAGCAACAGGGGCAAGAGGUACAAUUGGCUUGCGAUAUCUGGUCGAUGCUAGUGGUCGUGCAGGACUUAUCAACACAAAAUAUGUCAAGAAUCGCACUUACAACGCGGCCCUCAAGAAUGUCGCUCAUUGGGGUUAUUGGAAGGGAACAAAACCCUACCAGGAAGGAAUGCAGAAGGAGAACUCGCCUUUUUUUGAAGCAUUGAAAGACGAGAGUGGUUGGGCUUGGUAUAUUCCACUCCACGAUGGAACGGUCUCUAUUGGAGUCGUCAUGGAUCAGAAACUCGCAAUAUCAAAGCGGAGAGGCAUGUGCAAUAAGUUUUCCGAGGAGAACAAAAGCCUAGAAUCGUUCUACCACCUCUCUCUUCAGCUUGCUCCCACUCUCAUGCAGCUCAUAUCUGAUGGCGAAUUGACUGGUUCUGUCAAAUCGGCUUCAGACUACUCCUACAGCGCAUCCACAUAUUCAAGCCCCUACAUAAGAGUUGUCGGAGAUGCUGGCUGCUUUAUUGACCCUUUCUUCUCCUCUGGAGUCCAUAUCGCUUUGACGGGUGCUCUCUCGGCAGCUGUCACAAUAUGCGCUGCUCUGAAAAACGAAUGUGAGGAAACCAUAGCGGCCGAUUGGCAUACAAAGAAGAUCAAGGGUGUGUACCAGCGGUUCUUGAUGGUUGUUUUGAGCGCGUACCACCAGAUGAGAAGGCAAAAUGUUGGGGUCUGGAGUCAACCUGGUGAGGACAAUUUUGAUGAGGCUUUUGAGCAUAUCAAAAUCAUUAUCCAAGGCACGACAGAUAUAGGGGGCAGUGUUAUUUCACAAAGCCGUCUCACAGAAACCCUGGACUUCUGUUCUCAAGCCUGGAAUAAUGCAGAGCCGAAAGAGAAGGUGAAGGUAUUACAGAAACUUGAAAGUAAUGGCUCUUCGUCGGUAGAAGUUGGUCAGUUCUCCAGGGAAGAGUUUGAGACCCUUCGUCAUAUACAGGCGCGCAAGGCAAUGUGUACAGAGAGUACCUUUGGGCUUGAUUGUUUCCACACGGAUGUGAUUAACGGAUUAAGGCCUAUUUUGAAUCGCGAGAAGCUGGGGCUGGUACGUGUUUUGCCUGACGAUUUGUGA